CACUCCAAAUGACAACAUGUAUGUACAUCCAACACAGGGUAAAGUAUGGGCACCGAAUGAUGCCUGUCCUUCUCAUCCCAAAAACAGCCAUCAGCCAAGCGCUCUGAUAUGGGGCUUGGUGCUCUCUGUGAGCUCCCAGUGUGGGCAAUGGCAUCAAACCUCCUCAUCCCUGAACCGAAGGAGGAAAGCCCCAUCCUAUGGGUCAGCUCCUGGAACCUGCAGCAUGUUGUUGCCCCAGAAGGGGCUGGAGGUCUCUUCUCCCCUAGGUGCCAGCCUUGAGAUGAAGCAUGGGACUUGCCUUACCCACUGACUCUCAACGGCAGAGGUGUUCGUAGUCCUGUUCAUCACCACUGCUGCAGGUGAGUGCUGAGGUUUCCACCAUGCAGAUGAAACCCUUUUGGUCAUUGCUUGUAUCCCUGACUGGGAUCUGUGCCCCCAGGAAGACACAGCCAAGGUCAGCGGGCUGUCCUUUCCAAGUGGAGGACAUCUGAGCGGGCAGAAAACCCUUCUCCAGAAGACCAACCCCACCUCCUCAAUGGCACCCAGGCACCUGGCCUCAGCCCAAACGGGAUUAUUUUAAGAAGAAUGGGCCGUGUCUCUGCUGGUUGUGCAAGGAGGAAGAGAUGUUGGCAUAGGUCUCAGUAAGCCAAGAAUUCUGUAAGGCCAGGAGGACGCUUCUCUCCUAUUAAAGAUGAACAGAACACUGUAGGAUGUGUUGGGGACUGCAUCUGACAACCCAUGCAGAACACUGCAUCAGAGUCCUGAGUUUGGCAUCUCGUGGGGGACACGGUGCAAGGCCAGGCACUGGCAGAACUUCAGAGACAGUGUGUGAAAACAGGGGCUUUGUGUGCUCCUCUGUGUGUGCCACUCUAUCAUGGACAGCAUCCUGGGUGAGUGACAAUGGGGACGUGGUGCCACAGGGGAUGGUGGACCUGAGUGAGACCAGGACCGUGUCCCUUGCAGGUUGGUGUCUGGUGGCAGCGAACAGGGCACAGCUCCUGCCCCGACCCUCCCUGUCACUGCACCCCAGCCAGGGGGUGUCCGUGGGGAACAAUGUCACCCUGCGCUGCCACCUGCCCCAGCCGGCUGCCUGGGUCCAGCUCUGUGAGGAUGAAGCUAUGACCAUCUGCAGAAGCAAGCUUGAGGUGCAGGACACAGCCGAGUUUUCCAUUAUUAGUGCAGAGCGGAAGCAUGCAACAACUUAUCGCUGCCAGUACUGGGUGCUGGGUCCGCUGGGGACAUCAGAGCAGAGCGACCCCGUGGAGCUGAUGGUGACAGGUGAGAGCCCUGGGGAAAGCAGGUGGCCCAGGGCUGUCCCCACUGGGCCGUGUCUCAGCACUGCUUCCACUCUGCACUCAGAUCACAGUUUACCCCCACCCGGGAUUUCUCUGAGCCCUGAGGAACGCGUGGAGAUAGGGACCAAUGUCACCAUCCGCUGCUGGAACCAGGAUUCUGGGGUCAUCUUCCUCCUGCACAAGGAUGGGUGCUCAGCCCCCAUCCAGCGCCAGGACUCUGAUGGUCUGGGCAUGGCCUCCUUCACUCUCUUUCAGGUCACCACAUCCGAUGCUGGCACCUAUAGGUGCUCCUAUCGCCCCAAGGAUGACCCCUUGGUGUCCUCACCCCUCGGGGACACUGUGACACUGGAGGUGACACCCACCCCUGCACCCCCAGGGAGGUGGUGGCCAGGGAUGGGGACAUUCAAGCCCACGCACCCCCCAGCAGCUGACGGGGGAUCCCAUGGGAACCUGGCGGUGGCGAUGGCGAGGUGCUGCGUCGCUGCCCUCAUCUUCAUUGUCGGCCUCUUGUUCGUCCUCGAUGCCCGAAGCCUCCGGAUACAGAGAGAUUAAGCCCAGGAGAAAACCAAUGGUGGUGACACA